CACAGGAUCGGUUCACAGAAGUCAAAUGGUUAAUGCAAAUUCUAGAGAUGUGAUAGACCCCAGGAAAAAAAUUAAAAAGCUAUUGUCUUCUAAACACAGAGACCAGAGGACAAACUGUGUCUCUAGAUUCCUUGCUUCAAAUUUCUCAAAAACAGGAUAAAAUGGGCAACAGAGAGAUACGCGUGUGUCAGCAAACGUGGGCAUUGUUACACAAGAACAUCCUUAAAAAAUGGAGAAUGAAAAGAGAAACAUUAAUGGAAUGGAUGAAUGCUUUCCUCCUCCUGCUUUUGUUGUACAUAUAUCCUAACUAUCAUCAAGUUAAUGAUUUUUCUUCCCUGAAUUCUAUGGACUUGGGAAGAGUAGAUUCAUUUAGUGGGCCCAGAUUUACAAUUGCCUACACUCCUCUUACCAAUACAACCCAACAGAUCAUGAAGAAAGUUGCCUCUACCUCUUUCAUGACAGGCAGAGAAGUUUUUGGAAUGUCUGAUGAAGAAAGUAUUAAAGAAGUAACAGCAAAUUACCAUGAGGAAAUAGCAAGAGUCAUUUUCACUGAUACAUACUCCUACCAUCUGAAAUUCGUGUUAGGGAAAAGAAUCCCAGUAAGGAAAGAGCACAGAGACCACACAGCUCAUUGUGUCGAAAUAAAUGAAGAUAUUGACUGUCAACUUUCAAUAUUCUGGAAGGAAGGUUUUGUGGCUCUUCAAGCUGCCAUUAAUGCUGCCAUUAUUGAAGUCACAACCAAUCAUUCUGUGAUGGAGAAACUGAUGUCAGUCACUGGGAAGUUCAUGGUGGUACAUCCCUUCAUCGGUCAAGGAGGAGUUACAACUGACUUCUUCAUCCUCUUCUGCAUUAUUGCCUUCUCCCCAUUCAGUUAUUAUGCAUCUGUCAAUGUUACAAGAGAGAGGAAAAAGAUGAAGGGUUUGAUGAAAAUGAUGGGCCUUCGAGAUUUGGCCUUCUGGCUGUCCUGGGGUUUGCUCUAUGCCGGUUUCAUCUUCAUUAUGGCCCUUUGCUUGGCACUUGUGAUCAAAUCUAUCCAGUUUUUUGUCAUGACUGACUUCAUGAUAGUCUUCACCCUCUUUCUUCUUUAUGGAUUGUCCACGAUAGCGCUGGCUUUCUUGAUGAGCGUCUUGGUAAAGAAGUCUUUCCUCACCGGCCAGCUUGUGUUCCUUCUCACCAUCUUUUGGGGGAGCUUGGGGUUCACCGCAUUGUACAGAUACCUUCCUGUAUCCUUGGAGUGGAUUCUAAGCGUUUUUAGUCCCUUCGCCUUCAUGCUUGGGAUGUCCCAGAUGUUACACUUGGAUUAUGAUUUGAAUUCUAAUGCAUCUCCUGACCCAAGCAGCUCAAAUCUCAUCAUAGCCACAAACUUCAUGCUGGCAUUUGAUACAUUCCUCUACCUGGCAUUGACGAUGUACUUUGAGAAGAUUUUGCCAAAUGAAUAUGGACAUCAAUAUCCACCCUUGUUUUUCCUGAAGUCCUCAUUUUGGUCACCAGAACAAAAGCCUGAACACAUGACACUGGACAAUGUGGUAGAUUCUGAUUCCUCACUGAAUGACUCUUUUGAACCAGUGUCUCCAGAAUUCCAUGGGAAAGAGGGCAUCAGAAUCAGAAAUGUUACCAAAGAAUAUAAAGGAAAACCUGAUAAAAUAGAAGCCUUGAAAGACCUGGCACUGGACAUCUACGAAGGUCAGAUCACCGCAAUUCUUGGUCACAGUGGUGCUGGAAAAUCAACACUGUUGAAUGUGCUCAGCGGCCUGUCUGUUCCCACCAAAGGUUCUGUGACCAUCUACAACAAGGAACUCUCAGACGCAGCUGAACUGGAAAACAUCCUCCAGAUGGUGGGAGUGUGUCCCCAGUCCAAUGUGCAGUUUGACUUCCUUACUGUGAGAGAGAACCUCAGGCUCUUUGCUAAAAUUAGAGGUAUUCUGCCACAAGAAGUGGAUCAGGAGGUAAACAGAGUUUUGCUGGAAUUGGAAAUGAAAAAUAUCCAGGAUGUCCUGGCUCAGAACUUGAGUGGAGGGCAGAAGAGAAAGUUGAGCUUUGGGAUUGCCAUCUUAGGAGAUCCACAGAUUUUCCUACUGGAUGAACCCACCGCCGGGCUGGAUCCCAUCUCAAGGCACCGAGUCUGGAAUCUUCUGAAGGAACGGAAAGCAGAUCGAGUGAUCCUCUUCAGUACCCAGUUCAUGGAUGAGGCUGACAUCCUGGCUGAUAGGAAAGUGUUCCUCUCGAAAGGGAAGCUGAAGUGUGCAGGAUCUUCUUUGUUUUUGAAGAAGAGGUGGGGGAUUGGAUAUCACUUAAGUUUGCAGUUGAAGGAAAUAUGUGCUCGGGAAAACAUUACAUCUCUUGUUAAACAGCACAUCCCCAAUGCCAAGUUAUCAGCAGAAAGUGAAGGAAAGCUGGUCUAUACGUUACCCUUAGAAACAACCUGUAGGUUUCCAGAAUUGUACAAGGAUCUUGACAACUCUCCUGGCCUGGGAAUUGAGAAUUAUGGGGUAUCCAUGACAACUCUGAAUGAAGUGUUCCUGAAACUAGAAGGAAAAUCCGCAGUUGAUGAACUGGAUACUGACAUUUUGGGAGACACACAAGUUGAAAGAGCUGGGGACACAGAAAGGCUUAUGGAGAUGGAACACAUCCUCUCUUCCCUGAGGGAGAUGAGAAAGAUGACCAGCGGUGUGGCCCUCUGGGCAUAUCAAAUCUGUGCCAUUGCAAAAGUUCGCUUGCUGAAGCUGAAGCAUGAGAAGAAAGCUCUUCUUUCCUUGCUAUUGAUUCUGGCAGCUGGAUUUUGUCCUCUUCUUUUGGAAUAUAUCUUGAUAAAAAUAUAUCAAAACAGUUACACCUGGGAACUUUCCCCUCAUUUGUACUUCCAUGCUCCGGGACAACCACCCCAGGCACCUCUUACCCAAUUGCUGAUCAUCAAUAAAACAGGGGCAAGCAUUGAUGACUUCCUCCAUUCUGUGGAGCACCAGAACAUCGCCCUGGAGGUGGACAAAUCGGGAACUGGAACUGGCGUGGACGAUCCCUCCUACAAUGGCGCCAUCAUAGUGUCUGGCAAUGAAAAGGAUUAUAGAUUUUCCUUAGUAUGCAAUACCAAGAGACUGAAUUGCUUCCCAGUUCUUAUGGAUAUUGUGAGCAAUGGGCUGCUUGGGAUGUUUGCUCCAUCCGCACGUAUCCAGACAGACAGGAGCACAUUCCCAGGGAAAAUACAGAGCAAUCCAUUUGAAUACCUGGGACAUACCAUCAUCUGGCUGAUUUUGGCAUCCAGUUGUCCUCCUUAUAUUGCCAUGAGCAGCAUCGAUGAUUAUAAGAGCAAGACUUGGUCCCAGCUACGGAUCUCAGGCCUCUUCCCUUCCGCUUACUGGUUCGGGCAGGCGUGCGUGGACGUUCCUCUGUACUGCUUCAUCUUCAUUUUUAUGUAUUUAAUGGACUUCGCUUUAAGCUUCCAGGAGACUCUAUUCACAGUUGUAAAUCGUAUUAUUCAAAUCCCAUGUGCUAUUGGUUAUGUCCUGUCUCUCAUCUUCCUCACUUAUGUGAUUUCAUUCAUAUUCCGCAAGGGAAGAAAAAACAGUGGCAUUUGGUCAUUUUGCUUCUUUGUUAUCACCAUGUUCUCUGUGGCUGGAUUUUUAUUCGAAAACUAUGAAAAUAUUCCACUAUACUGCAUCACGUUUUUAAUACCACCAACCACACUGAUCGGUUGUUUGUUCAUUUCUCUUGAUCUUAUCAUGUUAUCUGUCUUUGGUGAAGGAUCAAGGCGCACAGAUCCAUUUCUGGUAUUGUUAAUUCCUUUACUUCACUUUUUUAUUUUUCUUUUUAUUCUCCGAUGUCUGGAAUGGAAGUUUGGAAAGAAAUCAAUGAGAAAGGACCCCUUCUUUAGAAUUUCUCCAAGAAGCAGUGAUGCACUUCAAAAUCCAGAACAGCCCGAAUGGGAAGAUGAAGAUGUUCAGAUGGAAAGAGUGAGAACCACCAACUCUUUGAAUUCUACCAAUGUUGAUGAGACACCAGUCAUUAUUGCCAGCUGUCUACGCAAGGAAUAUGCCAGGAAGAGGAAGCAUUGCUUUUCCAAGAGGAAAAACAAGAUAGCCACCAGAAACAUCUCCUUCUGUGUUCGGAAAGGUGAGAUUUUAGGGUUGUUAGGACACAAUGGGGCUGGUAAAAGCACAUCCAUCAAGGUGAUAACUGGGGACAUGAAGCCAACUGCUGGCCAGGUGCUGCUGAAAGGGAGCAGCGAAGGGGACCCGCUGGGGUUCCUGGGGUACUGCCCGCAGGAGAAUGUGCUGUGGCCCAACCUGACAGUGAGGGAACACCUGGAGGUGUUUGCAGCUGUGAAGGGACUGAGCAAAGGUGACAAGGAAGUCACCAUCACACGGCUGGUGGACGCGCUCAAGCUGCAGGACCACCUGAAGGCCCCCGUGAAGACCUUAGCAGAGGGAGUGAAGAGAAAGCUGUGCUUUGCGCUAAGCAUCCUGGGAAACCCGUCGGUGCUGCUUCUGGAUGAGCCAUCCACAGGCAUGGACCCCGAGGGGCAGCAGCAAAUGUGGCAGGCGAUCCGAGCCACCGUUCGAAACACAGAGGGAGCCGCCCUCCUGACCACCCAUUACAUGGCGGAGGCCGAGGCUGUGUGUGAUCGUGUCGCCAUCAUGGUGUCUGGAAGGCUGAGGUGUAUUGGUUCUAUCCAGCACCUAAAAAGCAAAUUUGGCAAAGACUACCUGCUGGAAAUGAAGGUGAAGACCCCUGCACAGGGUGAACCCCUCCAUGAGGAAAUCCUGAAGCUUUUCCCCCAGGCUGCUCGCCAAGACCGAUACUCUUCUCUGAUGGUUUAUAAGUUGCCCGUAGAAGAUGUGCGGCCUUUAGCCCAAGCUUUCUUCAAGUUAGAAAAGGUUAAACAGAACUUUGAUCUGGAGGAUUAUAGCCUAUCACAGUCCACCCUGGAGCAGGUCUUUCUAGAGCUUUCCAAGGAACAGGAGCUGGAUGGUUUUGAUGAGGAACUGGACCUCUCGGUGAAGUGGAAGCUCCUCCCCCAGGAAGAGCCUUAAACCACAAAUGCUCUGUGUUUGGGAAUAAGCCUGUGGCUACUUUUAUUUUUGCAGACAUGUAUUUUUAUAGUAUCAAUGGCUUAUAUUCGGAAAGUAUUUCAUAGACAUGGUGAUGAUUCUUCAUGGGGCACAGUGGAAUAAUGAGGGCUGGGCCGUGGAGCGAGUGUACGUAGAAGGAAAUGACCAUCCCAGCCCCUGGUGCUUCUGCAGGACAUUUGGGCCCUAAUUUCUGUAUACUGCUGAAUAAAAUAUAUUUACUUUUA